UCGUCAUGCUGAUAAUGGGCGUGUCUGUUAGACUAUAUUAGGACCCGCGGUCAGCUGCAGGGGGCGUUGUCUGGGUUUGUAUCUGAUGCUCGAGGACGUAAAGAGAAAAAGACAUUUGAGGACAAAUACAUCACCUGUAAAGGAGGUCAUUAAGAAGAGGAUAUUAUGGAGCUCAUCAUCAAAGUCCUGAGCGGGGAAACAAAGACCGUGCAAGUGAAUCCAGGUGACACAAUUGGUGCACUCAAGCAAAAAGUCGCCCAAAUCUUUAAUGCAAGUCCUUUACGGCUGAGGCUUUCUGUCACCAAUGGGUGUGUCGUGCAGCUGGACAAUGACCAGAGGACUGUGAGCCAUUAUGGUCUGAGUUCAGGGGUCACAGUGAUGCUGCUGAUCUCCAAUUCUCCCGUGCCGCUUCAGGUGUUUGUGAAGAAUGAGAAGGGACAGACGAAGACAUAUGACAUCACUGAUGAUGAAACGGUUGAUCAGUUGAUGAAAAAGGUACGCCAAAAAGAAGAAGUACCAGAGGACCAGCAGCGGCUGAUAUACAACGGUCAACAGCUCAACUCUGGCAGGAGGCUGCAGGAUUACGGCAUUGUUUCUGGAAGCACCAUUCAUAUGACCCUCCGUCUGCGUGGAGGCUGAUGGGACAGAAACACUUGAGGCUGAUGGAACUCAUUUUAGUCUAAAAAAUUACAUUUAAUGUGAUUCUUCUGUAAUGUCUGUUAAUUUCUAAUUGCACUCAAUUGAUUCUCCUUUUUUUGUUUUUUUGAGUCAUUUUCUGCAGUAUUCUUUCCUAUUCCAGUAUCCAAAACUUUCCAAUAUUCAUACAAUUGUAUUACAUUUGCUUGCUUCAACAGUUGCAUUUUUGCUUUUAGAAUGAUUAAUUAGCACAUAGUAGAAAUAAUUUAAGAAUAAUGUAAUAUAUAUAUAUAUAUAUAUAUAUAUAUAUAUAUAUAUAUAUAUAUAUAUAUAUAUAUAUAUAUAUAUAUAUAUAUGUGUUUAUAUGUAUGUAUGUAUGUAUGUAUAUGUGUGUGUGUGUGUGUGUGUGUGUCUGUGUGUGUGUCUGUGUGUGUGUAAUUGCUAUCUGUGUACACGUCAGCUGUUAAAAGAUUACAGUAAAAUGUGAUAAAAUAACUGAUUUUAAAUUGUUAAUACUUUGUUGUAAUACUAUAAAAGAUUAAAGUAACUGUGAUAGUUUAUUUUGUUAUGGGUCUUAUAAGUAAAUUAUUAAUUUAUAUUACAAUUAAUUUAUAUUUAAAUACAAAUAUUUAUUAAAAUGGCUGAAUUUC